AUGGCGUCUCAGUUGUACUUUGAGAUGAACAAGUCCUUCGAGAAAGCGAUCAUCGUUACCUAUUCCUUUCGAAAACAGGAUCAAAGGACGCAAACACUCGAGGGGUUCUUGACCUCUUUGAUCCGCCAAAUACUUCGAAGUCGAUCGUCACUUUUCCGCCGUGUCGAACCUAUCGCUAAGCAGAUUCAAGAAGAAAUGGUUUUCAGCUACGAGGUGAUGAAGAGCCUUCUUCUGUCUCUACUCCGCGCAUGCUUCGACAAGCUUAUAGUUCUCGUUCUUAGCGGUGCUCAAGAUUGCAGCACAAGUCUGAUGGAAAAGCUGGCUGGAAUGGUUAGAGAGUACCGAAGUAUAGCUACAGGCGGAUUUAAGAUUGCUAUACUUGCUGAGCGCACUCAAGCACAUCGUUUAGAAUUUGGUCAUGACAUCUCGUGCGAGAUUGAUCUCUCGGGCGAGGAACCAUCUAGAGUCUUGCAUGACGCUUACGUGAAAUCUAGGUUGGGAGCUCUAGUGAAGUCUCAUCCCCAGUUGAGACACUAUGACAAGGAAGUCGUUGAAAGAUUGAGCACCGGGCGAACCCUCGUGCAAGCCGGUCUCAUGGCGAGCCUUUUGGAAAGUUGGAAGACACCUUCAACUGACAAUGCUACCAAAAAGGCUCUUGAAAGUCUACCUACCACGGUCGAUGACUUGUUCAUGAUGACAAUGAGGCAUUGUGAGAAGCAUUCAGACAUAUGCAUCCGCCCUCUCAUACAGUGGAUCUUAUAUGCUGUUCGCCCUCUUAACAUCCGACAACUUUCUGUUGUGAUUGCUUUAUGCUCUACGGAAAAUACGUCAAUGAAAGAACUGAGGCUGAAUCUACCAAGCGAUCUUUCAAAGGACAUUGGAGAACUUUCAAAUACCUUGGUCGGGCUUUUUGGAACCCAGGUCUUGCCUAUCUAUGGAGCUGUUGGGUGUGGACUGUUUGAGCGCGAGGGCCUCAACUCUCAUUUUAUCAUAGUAUCAAAAUGCUUGGACUACCUUGAGGCCAUUUUCGACGACCUUACCAAUGGAGACUUCGACGCCGAUGAUGAAACAUGGGUAGAUACUAUCAGAGGUCCCGUGACGGAGCUUUUGCUAUAUGCGGUGAAAGAGUGGCCGCAGCAUUACGAUCUAGCGUCAGCUGUUUGCACGACUGCGAGAGACCGUGUCCUUGACUUCCUGAGUAAGGAUGAGUAUCUCAAAUUGUGGUUCACGCUUUACAAGAGGUACACUGACUUCGAAGUCGAUACGUAUUACGAAUUGGACAGCGCACUGAAAUUGGCUUGCUGGUUUGGGCUCGUGGACGUCGCUAAGAAGGCCCUUGAGCAAACGAAAGAGGUGGAAGAUGGAGCCGUAGCCCUCAGACAAGCUCUGGACCUAGCAGCCGCAAACGGUCAAGACGAUCUGGUGGCUGUUCUUCUAGAAGCUGGGGCGUCAUAUGAAUUCGGCCUCUGUUGGGCAUCUGAAGGCGGCUUCUAUGACACCGUGAAGACGCUUUUGGGAGCCGAUGCAGAUGCAAUCAACAGACUAGACAGAUGGGAUAGAACACCUUUCAUCCUAGCAGCAUUGAGGGGAAACGAGAAGAUCGCUGCUUAUCUUCUCGACAAUGGUGCAGACCCUAGUCGAGUUGCAGGCUUUAACCUCACUGCACUUCAUCUAGCCGUAAUGACGGGCCAGAUGGCAAUCGUCCAGAGGCUGAUCAAUGCGGAAGUGGAUGUGAGCGUCGAGACCGAUGAUGGCAAUAAUUCACUGCGGUUGGCCGUCGCUGGGGGCUUCGAUCAGAUCGUGAAGCUACUUUUGGAGCACGAGUCAAAUAUUGACGGAGUGAACCAUGAGGGGAUGACAGCUCUUCACUUGGCUGUACAAAAUGGCCAUGCUUCAAUUUGCAAACUUCUGUUUAAAGCCGGAGCUAGCCUUCAGAUAACAACACCCAAAGGUCAGUCUCCCCUUCAUAUAGCGGCCGAGCAAGGAUUUGUAGACAUUGUGCGGUGGAUAUUCAGGAGCCAAGAGACAAUUGAGGGAACGGAAUCUACUCAGAGGAGCGUGACGGGCAAUGAAAACGACGAUCAGCAAGAGGAAUCCGACUCCGCCGGCUUGAACGGCUCUACUGAUCAGCCUUCUCCCUUACAACUCGCGGCUCAAAAUGGCAAUAUCGAAGUUGUCCACGAGCUCCUCGAACGGGUGGAACACAACACAGAACAAGAGCGUUCAAUAGCACUUCGGCUUGCGGCUGAAGCGGGCUUCAUCGAAAUCGUAGAAGAGAUCCUCAAGUUUGGAACGGUAACUGCUACUCGCAACUCUUUAGGGCUCACAGCUCUUCAUUCAGCCACUAAAAACCAACAUCCUACCAUCGUUUCACGGCUAUCAAAACUUGAGUCGGGUCAAAAGGUCGUCUUCGACAUCAAUGAAAAGGAUCUGUCUGGUUGGACGCCACUUCACUUUGCAGCAAUGUCUGGAAGAUAUAUGACCCUGCUUAUACUACUCGAUCAUGGCGCCAAAAUCACAGAUGCUAGCAACUGGAACCAAACAGUCUUUCAUAUAGCCGCUUUUUCGGGCCAUUCUUUUAUCCUGAAGGAGCUGUUGCGACGGCUUGAUGGUAAGAAAAGCGGCAAGCAGAAUGAGCGACAAGUCGAGAAGCAGUCGCUACCAUUCGCAAAAGACGAUAGCGGUAAUACUCCAUUCGUUCUAGCCGUUAGUGGAGGCCAUACAAAUGUCAUGAACACUUUGCUCGAAAGAGCACCUUCGUCAUCGGACAAGAUCGCGAAGCUUCAAGCAGACGAGAAGAAUGCUUUGGUUAUAGCUAUCGAAGGGCUUCAAUUACAAGCCGCUGAGUUAUUGAUUGAAAACGGCUGGGAUGUCAACGCUGCGGUGAGUAAAGGCGACAAACCAAUACACCGCGCUGCCGCAGUUGGCAAUGUCCCCUUGAUCGAGCUCCUCAUCGCAAAAGGUGCUGAAGUGAAUGCUCCUGGAGAGGAGGGGAAAAUGCCAUUGCACUAUGCAGCUUCAGGUCAUCCGAAUGCUGUAGAGGCCCUUCUUGACAACGAACUCACAGAUGUCAACUCUAUUGACUCCAAGGGUGCAACUCCUCUCUGGAACGCAUCAUACUCUGGCGCAACCAGUUGUGUCGAAGCAAUCCUCAAGCAUGCACCUGAUUUGAAUAUUGUUGACAAUUCACUGGGAUGGACUGCACUCCAUUGUGCUUACGAUAUCCCAGAUAUCACGAAACUACUUCUUGAUGCGGGCGCAGAUCCUACGUGCGGCGGUGCCGAUGCUCAGCCUCUAUUGCACCUUGUGUCGGACGAGCCAACAGGAUUACAGAGCGUUCAGCUCUACCUGAAGACUAAGAUAGAUCCCAAUAUCAGGAACCAAGACGGCCUCACAGCUAUUCAUAUCGCAGCAGAGAGCAGAGAAAGUGACCGCCUUGAAGUCAUUAAGCUCCUGACGUCUCAUGGAGCCGAUGCGACAGCGGCAGGACAAGAUGGCCAGACAGCAUUACAUCUAGCUGCAAAUGCGGGUCACCAAGAUGUUGUGGAAUAUCUCCUAGAGAUCGGUGUGGAUGUGAACCAGCACAGCACAUAUUUGGGCACUCCCCUGAUGGCAGCAGCAAAGGGGGCUGGAGCUCAGAUCGUCAAAGCUUUGCUGGAGAAGGGAGCAGAUGUCAACGCAAUAAGUGACGACUUUUCAUACCAUACUGCCCUCCAGGCUGCUGCUUGGAUGGAGUCGCAAGACGUUGUGCAAUUGUUAUUGGAUUGGAAAGCUGAUGUGAAUCUUGCGGGAGGGGAGUACGGCAGUGCACUUUGUGCAGCUGCAUCUGUUGGCCACGAAGACAUUUCAACUCUCCUUCUCGAAGCGGGUGCAGAUAUAGACUACAAUGGGGGUCCCAAAGGAUCACCUCUUGAAUGUGCUCUGAGAGCUGGCUACACAGAUAUCGCAAGGCUCUACCUUGAUCGGAAUGCGUCAGUGAAUUUAGUCAGCACAGGCGAUCGUGGCACCGCCCUCGUGGCUGCAAUUCACUGUGAAAGUCUGGAAAUGGUUCAAGAUCUGUUGACACUUGGAGCCGAUCCGAACCUGGGAUCGGAGAAGGGAGAGGUCCCCAGUCAAGCUGCCAUUCGAAAAGGCCACCAAGACAUACUCAAUGCCAUACUCGAUCGAGGAGGCAAACUUUCCUUUAGGGAUAAGUACGGCAGGGGUGCCAUUUCCAACACCAUUGUUUACAAUAGCCCUGGAUUGCUCCCAUGUAUGUGGGGUAGAGAAGACGUCGAUAUCAACGAGACGGAUGCUGUGAAAAGGACACCACUGAUGCUGGCAGUGAUUCUGGGUGUCAACGUCGUACAGGAGCUCCACCAGAACGGCGCCAAUCUCGAUCUACAAGACCAGUGGGGAAACACAGCAUUGGCCUAUGCCAUUAUUUGUGACUAUUCAUCCAUGGUCUCCGAACUGAUCGAAUGCCAUGCUAGCCCUUUUGUCAGGGAUUCACGACAACGAGAUGCGUUAUACUGGGCAUGCCGAGGAUCAAGCCUCGACACAUUCAACAAAGUUUAUCAGGAAAUGUCAAAAUUGAAAGCAAUCCCUGGCAUUUUUCAAGCCGCCUUGAAUGCAGCAGUAGCAUCAGGUGGAUCUGGAAUGGUCGGUCAGCUCCUUGGUAAAGCCACUUAUAGCCAGAAGCAGGUUGAUGCGGAUGGAUGGACAGUAAGGCAUAUCGCGUUGAGUAACCGAAAGGGUGCGAUACUGACCUCUAUACCAGUGAAUCCACUACGAAAGGAUCCUCCCAUUGGGAUGGUCCGGGCGGAUCACGCGAUGUGGCCGCAAGACCAUGGCGUAUACUAUUUUGAGGUUACCAUCGCGGAACAAGGAGAUGAGGAUAAGAAACGCUUUGCUAUCGGCUUUUGCGAAGAAACUGCGUCACUAGGUCUUCACCUCGGAUGGGCGAACAGUUCCUGGGGGUAUCAUGGUGACGAUGGGAAGACUUUCUCCAGUGCUGCUGGCUCACCAUAUGGCCCCAGCUUUGGACAGGGUGAUGUGAUUGGAUGCGGUGUCAACUUUGACAAAAAGACGGCCUUCUAUACUAGAAAUGGAGAGAUAAUUGGCCAGGCGUUUGUAGAUGUUCGCGGCAAGUUGUACCCUGCUGUGAGUCUUGAUAUUAGGCAGACGAACAGUGCCUUUUCUGCUAGAUUCUGGAACACCGACGGCAUUAGAAACCAAGAUUUUAUGUUCAAGGGGCCCUUCGAUGAUCCGAAGACGUUUCAGGAAAGUGAAAGGGCCGUCUCUGAACGUGAGGAUCAGCAGGGUUCCGAUUCUAAGUCUGAUGACAGCACCUCAGUUAGUAGUAGCGAAGAUAGUUGGUUUUUAGAUGAAUAG